CAUUGUUCAAAAGAACCCACAGGCCACAGCAUUACCACUAUUAUCUAGCUUGGAUCCCUCUUCUCUUCCUUCUUCGCAAUUAAACACUUUUACGAUCAAUGGCCGAAAAGGAACCUGAGAUAUCGGUUUUAGAGCCAAACAACAGUAACGAAGCCACCGUUAAGGCCCUGUACAAAGCAUUGGCAAGUGGCGAAAUCGGGAAGGUGGCCGGUUUUGUUGCCAGUGACCUAGAAUGGUGGUUCCACGGCCCUCAAGGCUGCCACCACAUGAUGAAGAUGCUCACCGGGAAAUCAUCGCACAAAGCUUUCAGUUUCAAUCCUCGAAGCAUGGAUGCCAUUGACGAUUACGUGAUCGUGGAGGGUUGGGAAGGCGUGCAGGCCUACUGGGUACACGUUUGGACCCUCAAAGACGGUCUCAUAACUCAGUUCAGGGAGUACUUCAACACCUGGCUCACGGUUGCAGAUUUAAGGCCCGUGGCCGUGGCUGGCGGUUGCUCCUCCUCAAAAUUCUGGCAGAGCCACCCCCGAGACCUCGCCAAACGCUCUUUGCCAGGUCUUAUGCUUGCCAUCUGACUGAUCCAGUCUCGUGGUUCGAAUUCGACAUAGCCGCCCGGAGAUGAGAGGAGUUGUGAAUUGUCAAUGUACUCCACUAGGCUGCUUCAAAACACCUACGAAUAAUUAUAUCAUGUAAUGAUGUAAAAUAUUUUAUCACGUAAUGAUGUAAAUCAUAUGGAGAAACCAAUGCAUUGGGGUAUUA